GCGGAGACGCUAGAAGUAAAACGCAGUGACUGGCUCUGCCUCACACUAGUGCCUGAGCAGCAUUAAUAACGGUUCUGCGUCACUCACUGCUGGGAUAAUUCGGUGGAUAGUUCGAUAUGGGACGAUACGGCAGGAAAGCAUGUAGACAUGUUUUUUCUUUUUAACCGUUAUCCCGCCGUUUGACAGCUGAAACUAUUAAAGAAUCUUAUUUAUGUUGUUGAUAAUGGCUGCCGAGUGCACUCAAGAUGCAGUUCUGGACUUUCUGAAGGAGAACGGCGGCAGAGUGAAAAACGCGGAUUUAAUUGAACAUUUUAAGGCCGUAUUCCCGGAGCAGCCGGAGAAGAAAGCGGCUGUCCGGCAGAGAUUUAAAAGCUACGUUGACAACAUUGCUUUCGUGAAAACCGAGAGUGGAGUUAAAUAUGUCUGCCUGAAGAAAAAGUUUCGAGGUUCGGUGAAGAAGCAAGAAGACACGAACGUCAGUGACAACACAACCGAGCCAGGAACGGAACCAUUACACGUUUUAAAUCAUGAGAAAGUCAUUUACCGUUAUCCCACCGGCUCACACCCAGCAGACAGCGGCCAGGUUGGUGCUGACGCCGCUGAGGAGGAGCCAGCACCGCCGCAUGAAGUGCGACAACAAAUACCACCUGGCUCAGGUUACGGAAAUGACAGCCAGGUGAGAGUUCCGCAUGAUUUCAGCCCUGCAGCCAUUUUUCCGGACAAACAAGAAGACAGAAGUAAGUGUCAUGAGUUUGUUUGCAUAGUCGAGCAAGUGGACAACAGCUCAGGUGAGAUGGGAAACAGAGAAAGCUUUCAGAGAGAGAAGACGGACUCUAAGGACCCUAAGGUGGAGCAGGUUGGAAAAGCGCCAGACAUACCUAAGAUUGCAGUGAUUGAAGCUUCGCCUCUCCCUGCUGAGGGCUCCAUGUUCACCCUGCCUGGGCCUGUGCAAACUGGUACAACAGGACAGGUAGACACUUCUCAAGCUGGACUCAGUGCCAGAGACAGACAGGUUGAAACUGAAUCUCAGUCACCAGAGGACCAGAAGGAAGCGGACCAGGUUCAAGUGGUGACCAGGCGACGAAACUCCAGAGCAUCCCAGCGUAGAUUUCUCUCCAGACAGACUGAGUCAGGCGACAGGGAGAAUGAGGGGCAGCUGGAUGCACAGAGCCUGUCCGGCAGUGAGGGUGACAUCACCCCAAAAGGCAGUCGCAAACACUUCAUUGAGGUCAUGAUGAACAGUUCUCCCCAGGUGAGGCGCAGCAUGGUGUUACGCAACUCCGUCUACCUGUCGUCCAGGAGCGACAGCGACUCGGCCUCCUUGGUGUCCUGCAACCUGGACGAUGACAGGACCUCUGUCGCCCUGGACCCCCUGGAGCAUGAGUGGAUGAUGUGUGCUUCAGAUGGGGAGUGGGGCAGCUUGCAGCGCCUCCUCACCACAGAGCCCAGCCUGGUCCUGAGGAAGGAUUUUGUGACUGGUUUCACCUGCUUGCACUGGGCCGCCAAGCACGGCAAACCUGAGCUGAUAGCUCUGAUUAUUAACUUCGCCAAGCAGCACAACGUCCCCAUCAGUGUUGACGUUCGCUCCAACACCGGCUACACACCCCUGCACAUAGCUGCCAUGCACAACCACAUGGAUGUGGUCAAGCUGUUGGUGGGCGCCUACAACGCAGACAUUGAGAUCAGAGACUACAGCGGGAAGAAGGCCUGCCAGUACCUCACCGAUAACGUGAGCUUGGACAUACGGGACAUCAUAGGAGCGUACGAGCAUUCUGACUCAGAGAACUCAGACCGCAGGGACGGAGGCCGCUGGAGGUUCUCCAAGGUUCUCCAGUCCAACCUGAAGGCCCACUGGCUCCUCAACCCCAACGAUGGUGACUCUGUGGACGGGGACGGUCGUCCCAAAGAGAAACUCCUCAGGAGGAAGUCGUCUCUCAGCAAGAUGAAGCCCGCACUGCAGAAGCUCCGCAUGAGGACGUCACAGAUCGUCCACAGCACGUCGUUCCGUGACGCAGAGGAGCGAGAGGGGUCUAGAAGAGGUUCCUUUAAGUCCAGACCUAAGACGCAUUUCUUUGGGUGAGAUCAGCACAGACAGGAAAUGACACAGGGAUGAUGACAGUAGUAAUUGCAACAUUGUGGCAAAAGACAUUACAGUUUUAAGACUGGGCUAAAAGUACAAAUAACAGCGGUGAGGAGCUGGGGUUCAAAUUUAAUAAUUUUCUAAAUUGACUCUUGAUAGGGUGGAAGAUCUCUAAAACUCCAUUCUACCAGUAUAAUAAUAAUCACAUAAAUUAAUGUGUUAAGGAGAGGGAGGAAAAUUAUUACAUUUAUCUCAUUAUCCAGCAAACAUUUGUUGUCACAGAAUGUAUUGUGUAUCAGAGGGUUUAAUAUUUGAUAAUGAAAUGCACAAAAUAGUCUUCUCUGUGACUCUGCACAGUAGAACAUAUCAGAGUAACCCUGGCAGAGAUGCUCAGGCAGUUUGAGACUCAGGAAUACAGGUGAUACAGGAUCUACAACCUAGAUUAGGAUCACUAACAGUUUGACUGUUUAUGCUAGAUGUUCAUUUAGGCAAGUUUUCCUCUUAAUUAGUUUUGUAAGAACCUUCUAGUGAUAAUAACGCUAACUGGCCACCACUAUGUCAAAUAUGCAUCAUGUUAGCGUCGUAAUCCAUUUGAAAAGAUAACCUAGAUUAGAUGUACAAACACAGAUGGUGACAUUUGUUGUAAUGUGACUGCAGGUCAGGCUGCUUCUCUCUAUCCGUCCACAGCUCCAUACUAAAGCCUCUCGACCUUGAGUCUGUAAUCUGGAUCACUGCGGGCAAGAUUUCAUGUCACAAGGUUUUAGUGUCAGACUGAGUCAGCGGCAUUUACAGUACGAGGGCUCCCACUGGACUGAAUUUCUAGAAAAAAAUUCCACGAUAUUGUGAAUUUUUAAAAGUAUCUGUUAUGGACAGACUGGGGAAUUCAGGCAGGUACUUUCUUAAAAUAAAAAAGCUCUUUAGAUGGCGCCAGUGUAGUGUGGAGGAAGUCUGAUCUGUUCACACUUUACAAGACCAGAAUUUAAAUUUGUCCAAGCAGACAACAAACAACAGUUUGUACUUUAAUUACCUCAUUUUUUUACCUCAACUCUCCUGGUUCCUCUUCAGCCUCAAAUGACUGAUUUCUGACAGACCUCCCCUUGAUACUCAUGCCAUCCUGAGAGAGUUAAGUCCAAUAAAUUGGCUAAAUCGUCUUUUUUAAAGCACUGUAAAACAAGAAAGUUUACAAAUAGUUCACUUUUUAAAAAAAUGGUAGAUGUUUCAUAAUGUAUUGCAUGAGAUAAUGGAUGGAAAACAGCAUAAAAGAGUUUUAGAGCGUGGACUGAAGUAUGGUAGUACAUAGUCAUGAAAUUUUACAUUAGUAUGUCUGUGACAGCAGGGCUCUGAAUCACACGCACAAAAAUAUUCAUUUAAUCCACAGCAUGCUGCUUCUUGUCAGAACUUGCCUUUUACUCGCAUAACUGUACAAGCUUCUCAUGUCAAGAUCAAGCUGUGUUCAGGUUCUUAACAAGAGGCCUGCGGAGAUGACGGUCGAUUGCCUGGUUUUCUGUGAACAUUUAAUCGAUUAUAAUUCCCCACGAUGGUGUAUAAAUUCAGUGAUGUUUGUAAGGAAAGGCUGGUUUGUCAGUGAAGCUCAGAGGGGAAAUUUCAUCUUGCUUUUUUGAAUCUUUUCAGUGUUUCUAUAUAAAGAAGCCAGACUGUGUGCUUUAAUGACAGUGCACAGUCACUGUUGUCCGACCACAAGUUUAAACUCUCACCAUUUUCACUGUGCACUUGAAGUAUCUACUCACCACUGUUCAUUGACUCAUACGCUAUUUUGAUUUUAUGUCGUUUCCUUUCCUUUGGACUGCACACAACAGUUUGUCUGAGUUGUCUCCAGCAGAGCUUGACUGAUAAUUGUCCAAUUUUAGCUCGUAUCUGCUAUAUCACUAUCAGUGUUUAUGUCAGCUGGGGCUGCAACUAAGAAUUGUUUUCAUUAUCAAUCAUUUUGUUUAUAAGAUGUCAGAAGAUACUGGAAAAGGCUUGGUAUAAUUUCCCAGAGUCAAAAGUGGCAUCUUCAAAUGUGUUUUGUCUGACUGAAACCCAAAUGCAGUUUACUAUCACGUGUGACAAAGAAAAUCAUUACAUCAUUACAUUUGAGAUGCUUAAACCUGCACAUUUUUGUAUCUUUGCUUAAAAAACGAUUGAAACAAUUAUUUGAUUAUCAAAAUAGUUAAUUUUCAGUUCUAUCAAAUAAUCUUAAUUGUUGCAGCUCUGAUAUCAGCUGAUAAGUAAUAAGACAUGUCAGUAGAGAAAUGUCAAAGCUGUUCAAGGUAAUAUAUAAAUUUCCUCCAUUCCAUAGUCUGUCCACCAGAGGGUGCUGACAAGCUUAUUUUUACACUGUAUAAUAUCCUGCAAACUACAGACUUUGCUCACUAUUCUUUUAGGACAACAUUAAAGGAAUCCUUAUCAAAAAUGUUAUGUUUAUGUUAAACAAAUGUCUACUGAUAUAUCUUCAAACAUCUUUAUUGGUAUUGGCCUCAAACAUCCAGAGUCAAUCAGGCUGGUCCUUUUUAACUGUUCAGAUCAUUUGUUUUUAGACAGGCCUUAGUGUACUGCAUGAAAGCCCAUCCCUGCCAGUGUUCAUUAGUUAUUGGUAAGAUGAAAAGUUUAUAGUAAUAUAACAGUAUGUUCUGAUUACAGUAUGAACUCCAGAGAAUGUAUAUUUUCAUCGUUCCUAACUUUUUAUUUGCUUAUUUUGUUUUGCAUACUUGAGCUUCCAUACCUGAGGCUAUUAAGUGGUUCUUAAAGACCACUAGUGUUUUGUCCACCAGAAAGUUCUGACUGCUCUGAUUGUAUUUAAGUUGUAAAAUGAACAAAUGCAGUGUGACAUGGUAUUUGGACAUAGUUUACUGUAGGUUCUUGUUGCCACUUCUACAUAUCUGAGAUUCAUUUAACAUUGAAAUGUCUUCUUUUGAAUCUGGCAAAAACUCAAUGGCACCUUUUACUUACCAUUCAUUACAUCUUUUGCACAUUUUAACAAAACAGCUCUUGGAUUUGGAUUUGCACGUUAUGAUUUGUUACAUAACACAACAUCUUUUAAAGGGCUAGAGCAAUCGUAAAUAUGUACCUUAGGUGCCUGUAACUGGUUAUGGGGAUUAUUUUGAUUGUUUCUUUUUACUAUGAUUCAAUAAAUAAUACAGUAUUGCACUAUAAA